GUCAUAUGACCGGUCACGUGCUCGAGGCAGCUCAGUCCAAAAGAAAAUGGGGUUUGGUGUAAAUCUGGGGGUGUAAUGUUAUCAUAUAUCACGCUACCUCGUAAAACCGACACUGAAGCCUGCCGGACAACAAAUCACAGGUCAAAAUUAUGAGCUCUUCGUAUUAUGUGAAUGCGCUUUUUAGCAAAUAUACGGCGGGGGCUUCUCUUUUCCAAAAUGCAGAGCCUACUUCUUGCUCCUUUGCAAGCAACUCCCAGAGAAGCGGCUAUGGACCAGGCGCGGGUGCCUUCGCCUCCUCCAUGCCCGGCUUGUACAAUGUGAACAGUACCAUAUAUCAAAGCCCGUUCUCUUCCGGAUACAGCCUGGGCUCUGAUGCCUACAACCUGCAUUGUUCCUCUUUUGAUCAGAACAUUCCCGUCCUCUGCAAUGAGCUAACCAAACCCAGCUGUGAGAAAGCGGAGGAAAGCAACCUGCACAACCAGGCUGAGCCUAAUUUCCGGAUAUACCCCUGGAUGAGGUCUUCAGGUCCAGAUAGGAAGCGAGGGCGCCAGACUUAUACCCGCUACCAGACCCUGGAGCUGGAGAAGGAAUUCCACUUCAAUCGUUAUCUGACUCGGCGGCGGAGGAUAGAGAUCGCCCAUGCUCUCUGCCUGACGGAGAGGCAGAUAAAAAUCUGGUUCCAGAACCGGAGGAUGAAGUGGAAGAAGGAGCACAAGGAAGAGAGCUCCAGCACCCCGGCUCCCACAGAGCCCACGUCAGCAGCAGCCUCUGUCGAGAAAGUGGAAGAAGACGAGGAAGAGGAGGACUAAGAAGUCCCACUCGAGGAAGCGAUCUCUUAGUCUAAUGUAUGCACAUGACAGUUGGGAAAGCUCCCUUUAAAGAAGGAAAAAAAAAAAUAAUGGAGAGAGACUUAAUGUUUUUAUUAAAAAAAAAAAAAUCAUUUCCCUCCAAUAAUCAUCUUGCAAGUGAGCAUUUGCAGGCAUUAAAACGUUUCUUGGGGCGGUUUCCCAGUCUUCUGUCCACUCUCCCGUGCUCCCCAGACCUACCCUGUGCCGAACCUUUUGGUAAUAUCUCCUAAGAGCAUUCUACAAUCAUUUAUUUUUUUUCGUUUACCCAAAAACGGGUGGGUGGGUUUCUCCAGGGGACAUUUCACUGGGAGAAGCGCUGCUUGCACAAAUAGUAAACCAUGACCUUCGAAGUAACUACCUGACUCAAUAGUCCCAAUCACGUGUAAGGGGAAAAGUGCAUUAGGCUCACAUUAAAAAAAAACUACCUAACUUUGAAUAAGUAGCUCUGCACUUCUCUUUUUCUCUUUUUUUUUGUGUUAAUUAUUGUUAAAAAAAUAUCAUAACUAACAGCUACACUAGCAAAAGGUUAAACAGCAAGUAAGGGGCGGGGGGUGGGGGGGGGAGAUGUUCCACAAACCACUACGAUCUACAGCAAUGAUUUGUACUACCUAUUUUCCAGACUACCUAUAUAUCUUGCUCCGCCUACCUAUCUUUGAAAGUAUACUGUAUUUUAGUAGUCAAAAGGAUGUUACAAGAUUACUAAUGUGAAUCGCAAAAUGCUUUUAGAAAUGUAAGCGUAGUCGUUUGAAAAGCACGCAUCCAUAGCUUUGGUAUAGAAUUUGGUACCGAAAAGGCUGAAUAUAUUUAAAUUUAAAAUAAUAUAUUUAUUCCAAAGCAAUUAUAAAUGAAAACCAUAUGCUGCAAUAUAUCUUUGUUCUUGAUUCUUUACUAUUCCGAGUGAGGAAGCAAACACACACCAAUAUUGUACAAAGCGGUUUAAUAUCUCCCAUUGGCUUCUACCUUCGGCUGCCUUUGCUAAAGGCCGUUUUCUUAUUCUAGGUUGACCUUGCUUAAUAUAGAGGAAGUGUUAUUUGAAAACUGAAUUUAAAUGACCAUGUAACCAGCUUUAAAAAAAACAAACCACAACAAACAACAAACUGUUUGUCCUGAUUAUCUGAAAAUGUUAUUAUGUAAUACCGUGAUUUUUCCUACAAUAACAGAUACUGGUUGGGUUUUGUUUUGGUUUUGGGUUUUUUUUUCUUUGUCAUUUAUAUUCGUCUUGGAGCUCAUUUGUAAGAUCAUAUCAUAAAUUGGGAAGUAUGUAAUUAAUUUGGAAACUUUGUAGCAUGGUGUAUUGUUAAGAACUCUGUAUAAAUCCGUCGUAAAGGUUUGGCUAAAGUUCUUUCAAAAAUUGUAUGUUACAAUGUGUUUCGAUGUGUUCAUUGUGAACAUUUGGAUAUGCCGUGUAAGUAUUGGAAGUGGGGAAAAAAAAUGUCCGUGAACUCUCUUUGGAAGUGAUACCGUGUUCAAGUAUCUCCCACGAUAAAUGUGUUUUAUGUUAUACAGAAAAUAAAUAUGCUUGUUGACAAUGAA